AUGAAUGGAACAAUCAGACAUAUAAACGACGAACUGACAACCCACGAGAGGCAGCUUUUUCGUGGUGCCGAAGCUCAUGAGCAAGACUACGUCGACAUAAUCGGUCAGUUCGCCAAAAUCAUCACCCCCAUCGGAAUCCUGCUGAAUGCUAUUCUCUUCGUAGUAAUUCGAGUGAAGUCCAUGCGCACCAUAAUCAACGUCCAUCUGUCGAAUUUAGCAGUGGCUGACGCUACCCAUCUGAUCCUAAUCAUGUCAACAGCAUGGGCAAUAGAAUAUACACACACUGAUUCAGGCGCUUACCUAGCCUUAAUCAUAGCUUCUUCAACGGUGCAUUUGGCUUCGUACUGCUUCGUGUCUGUCAUAGCGGUUGAAAGAUUCUCCGCCGUACGCCAACCGCUAACCCAGAGAGCGCGAGCGAGCAAAUCACGAGCAGCCAAGGUAUCAGCAGGCGUCUGGGUAGUGGCCGUGGUCACGGGCGUUUUGGGCGGACUCGCAUUCAAUACCAAUUAUGUCACGAACGUUGUUUUUUCUCAAGUGUGCGUUGCCAUCCUUCUCCUGAUUCACCUGGCAACGUUUACCAUAACUGUUUCCUCGUAUAUUUACAUAGUUGUUAAGCUAUGCCACAGUGACCGAAAGCGUCAAGCUGGCCAAACCCGUCGAGUUUACCCCGUCGUCCGCAUGCUGAUCAUCAACACUGCUGUCUUCUUCGUUCUCAAUUCAAUGGACAUUGCUUUCACUGUCAUCAACCUUAUACUCCUGUUCUCCUUGCACUCAGGAGCUGAAGCUGUCUUGGAUAUCUUCUGGACCAGUCUCGACCUGUCGUUCUGCAUAGCGAUCUUUCGCCCCAUCAACUGCUCCAUCAAUACUCUGGUGUACAGCGUGACAAGCAGUCAGUAUCGAGCGGCUUUCUUGGAGGCUUUUCCCCCGCUGGCAAAGCUCCUUCGACAGCGCCGCCGCUGCUGCCGACCGCAGCAGACGGAGCAGAUAGAACUUCGAACGAUUCCACCAGCGAAGGCCGCUCAAGAAUCCCCGGUCCAAGCGAUCUGA